CUGGCUCCUGGGUCCGUGAGUUCUGACUUCUCUCUUUUCUGAGCAAGAUGUUCCUGGUGGGCCUGACAGGGGGCAUUGCCUCAGGCAAGAGUUCAGUGAUCCAGGUGUUUAAACAGCUGAACUGCGCAGUUAUCGAUGUGGACGUCAUUGCCCACCAGGUGGUCCAGCCAGGAUACCCCGCGUACCGGCGCAUUGUGGAGGCCUUUGGCACUGAGGUCUUGCUGGAGAACGGUGACAUCAAUCGUAAGGUGCUGGGGGACUUGAUCUUUAACCAGCCUGACCUGCGGCAGCUGCUCAACACCAUCACUCACCCCGAGAUCCUCAAGGAAAUGAUGAAGGAGACCUUCAAGUACUUUCUCCAGGGAUACCGCUACGUGAUUCUGGAUAUCCCCCUGCUGUUCGAGACCAAGAAGUUGCUCAAGUACAUGAAACACACGGUGGUGGUGUACUGUGACCGGGACACGCAGCUGAAGCGGCUAAUGCAGCGGAACAAGCUGAACCAGGAGGACGCAGAGGCCCGCAUCUCUGCCCAGCUUCCCCUGAAGGACAAAGUCCACAUGGCCCGCCAUGUUUUGGACAACUCAGGCGACUGGAGCACCACCAAACGCCAGGUUAUCGUCCUGCACGCCGAGCUGGAACGCUCCCUAGAAUACCUGCCGCUGAGGCUUGGCAUCCUUACAGGCCUGGUUGGCCUCGUUGGCCUCCUCUACCUGCUCACCCACUACCUCCUGCCUUCACUCUAG